UUUGUGUUGGUCUUUACUGGUACGACCAUCUAUGGUCCAUUUCAUUUGCUGAGCAACGCUCAGGACCUGCUCGGUAACUUUGUACGUGGCCUCGAGGUGUUCUCGGAUCUCAGCCUGGUGACGGUGCAUCUCCUCUUCAGAUUCACGCAGGUGUAGCGCCAACCCCUUGAUGUCAAACAGGAUCUCUUGAAUCGAAGCGUUUGUGAAGUCCUUAAUGCGCAGCUCCAGUAGCUCGAGGGAUUGGGCUACCCCGCGAUCGUCGUUGAAGAGAACUAUCCCCAUCAUAGUCUUAAGUCUCUCCCUCUUACUGGUAGCCAGCUCGUACGAAUUCUGGAGAACGCUCAGGAACAAAGUGAGCAUGUGUCGCGGUUUAGGACCUCUCCUUCUCAGCCUCUGCAGUCGCAACUCACCUUUGGUGAGGGCGCGAUGCCAGCAAGGGCUAGCGCUGUUUACAAUCACUUACCUACAUGUACCGUUCGUAGCUUCACACAAAUACAACCUCAGUUCAAUCCUCAAUUCCUUGCGCACUGCUUGCACUCACUGCGACAGCAUGCCAUAUGCCGGCUCGCGGAGGCUACACGGCAGACGUGCUUCGCCUUCGCCACGCUUCUGCUCUAGGAAGUUGUUCGGCUGCUUUAGGAAUGCUGAUGAGCGUUCCAUCAAGGUGACAAACCCAUCCAGAACAUCCCCAAACCCUUUUGCCGCCUGUACCACGAAGCUGAUCGCGUUCCAACAUUGAGAAGCUGGGCCGAAGAGUAUACCUGCUCCUUGUGCGAUGAUG